CCACAUUGACCAAUAAAAUCCGUUUACAACACGUAACGCGUUGUUUGCAGUUGCGUCGCCAUAUUGUAUAUUUAACGCGGGUUUACUGGCGCGUGUAUGGGCUUUCUGUAACAUUUUCUACCGAAUAAAAGCGCGUGGAUUAAAAAUUGUUGUCGAAUUUCACGCGCAAUGGAUCCGGAAAAAUUGAAAGUGGUCGAGUUAAGGACAGAACUUUCACAGCGUGGACUCGAUACGAAAGGCGUCAAGUCAGUGCUCGUUGAAAGACUUCGUAAAGCAUUACAAGAAGAAAAUGCGAGUCAGGAAGACCAAGGGAAAGCAAGCACUAAUGCAGAAAAUGCGUAUGACACAGCCAUUCAAGAGAAUGAUGAAAAAUCGUCAGAAUCUGCAAAAGUACCACAGACGCCAAAAAAAUCUAGUAGAUUAUCUAAAAGUGUAGUACCAGUAACACCACGCGAAACUCCUGGAGCUAAGAAACGGAGAACAUCUAGGGUCUCUUCGUACGCUUCUAGGAAACGAACUUCUCCAAAGAAAUCAGAUCAAAAUGAUGCGUCUCGCGAAUCAUCACCCACAGUAUCAGAACCAGCUUUACAGGAGGAAGCUGUUAUACCAGAAGAAACGAUUGGACAGGAUGAAAUUACCUCACAGGAUGAAAAGUCUGACUCAUUAGAGAGAAUGGAAGUGACAGAAACAAAAGAAUCACUGCCAGAAGUAGAAACCGAAAGUUCAAAUGUAAAAGAAGCUGUUAAAGUCAUAGAUGAAACAAAAAAUAACAAGAUUGAAUCAGAAGUGGAACAAGUAUGUAAAUCAAAAUCACCUGUAAAAAGUAAUACGAAUGAAAAUUUGUCUGUGAAGAAAUCCGAAGAAGACUUAGAUAAUACGGAUCAAGCGGAACAACCAGCAGAGCUUGUUUCGGUAAAAGAGACAUUGGAAAGUACAGAGGCCUUGAAUGAGACCAAACAUAGCGAGGCAGAUGUGGUGAAGAAUGAUGAGUCAGAAUCAGUUAAUGAAGAAGAUAAGAUAGAUCAUGUUAAGGAAGAUACCACUGACAAUGAUAAAAUAAAUCUAGAAGCAGCAAACAGUGCGCAAAUUGUAGAACCUGUUAAUAAUGCUAAGAUCAAUGACAUUCCUGAAACAGAAGCACCAACAGACGAUUUGCUUGACCAAGAACAAAAUGCUGACGAGAAUGAGAAUGACGAAGCGAAACUUGAAGAUAUUUCAAUGGAGGAGCAAAACAUUUUAUCGGAUAACGAGAAAAUACUGGAAGAUGUUAACAACGACAAAGAAGAACAGGAUACAGAAAUGACAGAGAUAAAAGCUGAAGAAGAUGCGGAUAUAGAUUUGAAGGAAGAAAAUAAAAAUGACGAAGAAAUGGAUAGAAAACGAAAAAGAUCCCCUAGUCCUAUGGAUGAUCGCGAAGAAUCACCAGCAUUGGAAGUUAUCGAGAAUGAACCUGAAAUCGACGAUACUGCUUUAGUUUUAUCUUGGUAUGAUUCGGAUUUAAAUCUUGUUAUCGAUAAGGACGGAUUUUUCACUGCUACCCCGAUGCAUAAUGAUGGCUUUUUGCACAUGUGGGCUGGGGCAAGAGCUUCAUAUGGUUUCCUUCGUGGGAAAGUUUAUUACGAAGCGAAAAUAGUGGAUCUCUGUCCCAUUGAUACGGAAAAUGAAGAAUAUCCGCACAUACUUAGAAUUGGUUGGUCUACUCUAUACACGUCGAUGCAAUUAGGGGAAGAGAAGCAUAGUUUCGGAUACAGUAGUACCGGCAAAAAAUUAACGAACAACCAAUACGAAGAGUAUGGACUUCAGUUCGGUAAAGAUGAUGUUAUUGGAUGUUACCUUGAUGCAACAUCCGAAAGCAAUAUCGUGUUAUCAUAUACUGUAAAUGGGAAAGACCAAGGAACUGCAUUUAACGUCAGUAAAGAAGAACUUAGCGACAAACCAUUGUUCCCCCACAUUUUGAGCAAGAACUGCAGCUUCGCUUGUAAUUUCGGCCAAGAGAAACCGUGGGCUGAAGAAGUUCUGGAAGGCUACAUUUCAAUUGGAAAUAUGGAGUCUCAGUAUAAAAUACCUGGUCCACGGAGACCCGACAAAAGGGAAGAAUGCGAAGUAAUAAUGAUGUGCGGAUUACCCGCUUGUGGGAAAACUACUUGGGCAACGAAACAUGCGGCUGAACAACCUCAUAAAAUGUACAAUGUUUUAGGACUUGGUAGUCUAAUCGAUAAGAUAAAAGAUUCAGACUUGUCUUACAAAGAGAACAACAAUGAUCAAUGGGAGAUUCUUAUCGAUAAAUGUACGCGCGCAUUAGACAAAUUACUGGAGAUGGCUCCAACUAGAAGGCGCAACUAUAUACUAGAUCAGGCAAACGUAUAUCCUUCCGCACAAAGACGUAAAAUGAAGACUUUCGGUGGAUACCAGAGGAAAGCGGUAGUAUUGGUGCCAUCCGAAGAAGAAUAUAAAUCGCGUGUUGCUAAGCACAAACCAAUCGAAGGCAAAGAACCUACAGAGUCUAUGUUAAUGGAAAUGAAAGCAAAUUUCAGAGCUCCGGUCAUCGGUGAAUCUUUCGACACAAUUGAUUGGAUCGAGCUCAAUCAAGAGGAGGGUGAGAAACUUAUAGGGAAAUACAAUAAAGAGGCGAAAGAAGCCGGUUAUGGUCUGCAGCAAGCGAGUAAAAGACCGCGACUUGAAUCAAGACCAGAGAACUCCCGAGAAAAUCGUAACGCGCGACACAAUCGUGAUAACCGUGAUGUUCGAGAUUAUCGCGACAGGCGAGGCAAUAAUUAUUCUGAGAGGAAUCGUACUCCUGGCUGGCGGGGUGGUAGCAAUAUGGGCUGGAGAGACAGGCCUCAAAGGGGUGGACACAUGAGACACGGUGGUGGUUAUGGUCCACCAGUAUCGUGGAGAGGAAGAGGAGCACCUAUACCGCUCGUACAUCGUGGAAUGGACAGAAGAGGCGGCAGCAUGGACAGGAGAAUGGGAAACGAUAGAGGUCGACCUUUGGGUUCCCGUCAGGGUGGCUGGGCUCCAAUGGGAAAUUAUUCAGGGUCGCAACAAUCUUGGAACCACCAACCAAGUUGGUCGAGUGGUCAAGGAUGGGGCCAAAAUAACUGGGCAUCAUCGCAGCAAUGGGGAGGAAACUGGAAGAACUACGGUCAACAGAACUCUUAUAAUCAACAGGGUUACGGUAAUGGUAGCUGGAAUAGUUGGAAUCAGCAGCAGUAUUACAGUCAGUAUUGGGGCCAACAACAACAGCAGUCUCAGCAACAGCAACAGCAACAACAACAACAGGGCAGUCAGACUACCGCAAGCGGGGAUCAAACUGUAAACAAACAAUAAUUCACCCUGAUAAAUGUCACAAGGGUGGAAUAGUGAGGCAAACACGGUGGAUAAUGUAAAAACUGCUUUAGCUGGUGAUUCCACGAUAGGAUAUAGUCUCCCUCGAAACAAAAGAAAGAAAAAAAAAAGAAA